AUGGGUAUGAAGGUGAAUUUUGCGAACGAAGAGCUCUAGACCCCCGUUGCUGUACAAAAGAAAAAGGUUGCAAGCCCGCUGAAGUUUGUCUUUUUGAAACACCGGAAUGUGGCAAAUGUUACCAAGAAUGUGAUGAAAACCAAUACUUGAAAGAUUGCAACAAUCCUCAAUAUUUGACCCUAAUUAAAUGUCAAAAUGAUGGUAUUUUGAAAUAUGAUGGUAUAAAACCUUUUUGUGAUUGUCGACCGAAGGAAGAUGACGUUUAUAUUGGAGAAUAUUGUGAAGCCAGGCUCAGUAAAUGUCAUAAAGAUCAUCCGAAGUCUCUGGUUUGUUUGAAUGCGGGAAGAUGUAGGGACAACGGUACGGUAACAGAAUGUAAAUGCGUUCAAGGUUUUGAAGGUGAAUAUUGCGAAAGAUUGGUCGAUUUUUGCGUGUAUUUGAAUUGCAAUAAGAAUAACACACGUGAAACGAUAAGGCAUUACGGAACGUGUUACUGUCACUGUAAAGAAGGUUAUUUUGGAGAUACUUGUGAUGUAAGUUUGUCUAUAUGAGUUACGCUCAUCAAGAAGUUUGUAAUAUACUUUUUGAUCAAUAAAAAACAAAUUUUACAGGAAGAAGUAAAUGCUUGUGAAAAACGUGACAUCAAACUGUGUGGACAAGGAGAAUGCAAAGCAGUCGGUGUUGGAUAUGCACCUGUAAAUGAAUAUUCUGGUUACAAAUGUGUUUGUAAGGCCGGAAAUUUGAGAGGUAAUAUAUUUAUAUAGUGGAUAAUGUAAAUUUAUUCUUAAAAUUGAAAAAAUUGCUGAUUUCUAAUAAUUAUUUUUAUUUUCAGCGAGUGAUAAUUGUUUGUCAUUCAAUUCUUCUUGUCCGUUAUCAAAUUGUUAUUGUAAGUCCUUAGCUGUCAUUUAUUUAUUUUUGAAAAAAUUUGUACGAAAAUUUUUAUUUAAAUUAUAACGUACGUUUAGAUAAAUAAAAUAAACAACAAAGAAUAAUUAUAAUUAUAACCAAAAUCAACAAAUUACCUUCAAAUUUUAAUAUUUUAGUACCUCAUGGGGUUUGUAAAGAUAAGUCUUACAACGAUACGGCUUGUAUAUGUCGUGAAGGUUAUUACGGGAAGGAUUGUUUAGAAGAUGUGAACUACUGUUCAGACGAAACAUGUUUGCAUAAUGGUACAUGUCAUCAAGGCAGAGAUACACGACGGUUACCUCGUAUGAUGUGCGAUUGCCCACCAGAAACGGAUGGUGUUAACUGUGAAGAGAUGCCUUCACCGUGUGAUAAAGAUCCUUGCGGGGAACAUGGUGAAUGUAUUCCACGGGGAAAAUACAACUUCACGUGCAGAUGUAAGGAUGGUUACAGGGCUCCACAGUGUAUUACACCACCGGUGGGUUUUGUGCUAUAUGCCAUAAAUUGGUUUUAAAGAAAACUAUUACGUUUUGUAUUUCAUAAUGUAACACAUUUUUUAUUAUAAUUAAAAUUGUUUUACAGAGUCAAUGUGUUGAUGGACAUAGUUACUGUAAUGAGCACGGAAUAUGCAAAUCUUAUGAUCGUUUUGAUAGCUGUGAGUGUUUUCGAGGAUACACCGGUCGUCAGUGUGAACAAGGUAAGGGAUAAUCAGAAGUAGCGCAAAACUAAAAAGUGGGUAAUUUUAAAAAAUUGAAAAAUUUUUUCACACAUUCUCACAAAUAAUAUUUUUUUAAACAACUAUUCUUCUAUGGUUAUCGUUAAAAAAAAUACUUUUUAGAAAGCACUAACCAGUUUAACCUCUUCUUUACUGGUCGUUCAGUAUUGAAACCACCAGUUCAUUCAAUGGAUGUGGAUUGUAAAACUAAGGACUAUAUCACACUAACUGCUUGGAUGAAAUAUGAUAAAUCGGUCUAUGGUUUUGACACUUUUCCUAUUACUUUGAAAAACCAUCAUGAUGAUUUUGUUCGAAUUGACAGAACUAAAGUUAUUGUUAACAAUGUAACAAUUGACAUAUCAGAAAGUAAAGUUGGCUUGGAACAAUGGGUAUACGUAAGUUUUUUGGAAUUAUGUCACAUACUUUUUGUUGGUUCUUAUAAAUAAAAAAACUGCAUGAUUUAAAAAAUGCCUUCCAGUACGUGAUAACAUACGACGUUCAUAAUAGAAUUGUCUCAGUGGUUGUGAAUAAUGGCCCUGCCUAUAAACGCGACAUUAACGUUUACUGCAUGACUUUGAAAUUACUUUUGGGGACUCAAGUGAAUGAAAAACCGAUGGUGCCUAUUUUUAAAGGCGAAAUGGGAUUAGUCCAGGUAUUUUGGUAGCAUUAUUAACAAGGAAGGUACCCGACCUGCAACGCUCAGAUUUCGUUCAAAAUUUUUUUUGAAAGAUCAAGUAAAUGUAAGAUCCUAAGCAAAAUUCUAACAAGGAAAGUGCCCGACCUGCCCCGCUCUGAUUGACUUCGAAAUUUUUAUAUAGGAAGAUCAUAUAAAUAUAAGAUGUUCAGCAAAGUACUAAAUCGCGCUUUCCAGGAAAUCUCGAGAAACAAAAUGAACCUACAUUUUUAAAUUUGUAAGCGUAUCUUGCCUGGAAAGCCGAAAAAAGUGCUUGAAACACAAUGCCAAAUUUGCCAAAUUGGCGGGAAACCCAAAUAAUUAAAAUUUAAAACACAAAAGCGCGAGCUAAAAUUUUUUAUGGGUACUAUUGGUGGUACAAAGAAUUCAUAUAAAAAUUUUGAGCUGAUUCUGAGCGGGGCAGGUAGGGUACUUUCCUUGUAAGUUGCGGUUUGCGGCCAUUCUUGAGAAAAUCGAGAUCAAAAAAUCGCGUUUUGAAUUUUCCGCCAAGUUGGCAUAGUGUUUCAAGCUUUUAACUUUGUCGUUUUUUGAUUUUUAACAUUUUUACUUAAUAUAGUAAUAGAAAAACUAUCUUAUCUAGAACAUCAAAAAAGGGCUUGAAACACAAUGCCAAAUUCGCCAAAGUGUCAGAAAAUUUAAAUGUAGCAAAGAAAAUUUAAAUGUUAGUCAGAAAUAUUAAAUUUGAAAACUUAAAACCGCAAGCUAAGAUUUCUACUAAAACAUUAAAUUUCUUAUAUGUGCUAUCGAUACUACAAAGAAUCUUAAAAUUAAAAAUUUUGAGCUAAUUCUGGGAGUUGCGGGUUGGGUACUUUUCUUGUAAGUAAAUUUUAAGUUAAAACUUUCAAUUAUCAAAUAAAAUUAAAAGCGGUAUACUAAUUUUACGUUAAAGAGCAGCACUUAAACGUUUUUGAUUUUUUAUACGCAUUUCAGGUACAUAACGUCGCAUUUUCUUUCCUAGAAAUAAAUGAACAGAUUAAAAACUGUUUAAAAUGGCAUUUUAAGGAAGAAAAUGUUAUUAUAAGCUGGCGUGAUAUUAACUUAACUACGUGGUCAAGAACUGAUGUUCAAGUAUUGGUACCAGGAGUAUGUUCCAAAACAAAUUGUCGCAAUGGUGCGAAGGAAUGUAGUCCAGAAAUAGGUAAAAAAUACGUUUUUUAUAAUUGUUUGUUUUGUUUUUAAUACAUUUGUAUAUAUUUUGUCAUUUAAAACGUUUUUUUGUAUGAUUGCACUAAAAAUGUUUAAUAAUGUGGUUUUGAUUUGAGGUAACGUUUAAAUUUUGAAUUAGUAUUUUACAUAAUUUUUUAUCGUUAAUGGUCAUAAUGUGUAAAUAUUAGAUCGUAUACCUCCAAAACCCAUCAAUUGUCCUUCUUUAAUUCGAAGAAACAGUACCAGUCGAUUGUACCGCGAGGAUUGGGGUGAAAUCAAAUUUGAAGACGACUCGUAUAUUGUGGAAGUAAAAUCGAAUUACUUUUGUAAUCAAACACUUACGUUCGGCUACUAUCACGUUGUUUAUAUUGCUGUUGAUAUGCACAACAAUUAUGGUAGAUGUGAGUUUGAUGUGGUGAUCGCAAAUGAAGGCGAAUCUGAACCAACACUGGAUGCAAGUUAUACUAAAAGUUGGUAUCGAGAAUUUGAAACGGAUCAAGUAAAAAGUUAUCAGCAGUUGGAGUGUAUAAAAAAUGAACAUCAGUUUAUUGAUGACAAUUCGCCUUUUUAUACGAUGGAUUUCAUGGUAUGACAGUUUGUUUUAAAAUGGUUUCACUUUUGUAAAGUGGAAGCUCUGUAUAAAGAACUCCUGCUUAACAAAAUUUCCGUAUAACGAACAAAUUUUGAAUCUCCGGCUAACACUACACGGCGCAUGUGAAACUCCCCUAUAAAUUUCUAAAUCAAUUAGUCAAAAAGUUUUAGAAUCACUGGAGUGUAAGAGGAAGUUAUUACCCCACAUGCAGUAAGGCCGAGUUUCCUAUGCAAAAUUUGACCGGCAAUUUGACUAAUUUCAACUACGACUGUGAUAAUCAAGAUGAGUUAGAUUACGUUACUUUGGAACGUAUACUUUGGGCAAUUAACAAUGCUUCCGAGGAAUUCGAAAAGACAUAUGAUAAAGGGUUUUGUGAAAAAAAUGACUGUACGGAUAAUACAAUUAUAAUCCCGCCGGUUUGUGAUAAUACAACAAAUUUUAAUAAAAAUCGCAAUCGCUGGAGUCGUGCUGUAACUCUUGACCUGUUUGGCACAUACGAAUAUAUUUUGAGUACUAAGUAAGUUUACUUUUUUUGCGCUUCUUUAUUUUAUUUUAGAUUAGUAAGGACUUUUAAAAAAAUGUUUAUCAUUAGUCAAUACGGAAAUAAGAAUGUCUUUCGUAAAUAAAAAAGACGUUAGCAAACAUAUUUGUUGUAGGCUUGGGAUUUAUAAAUUUAAUCUUUUCAUUAAAGUUUUGUUUUAUAGUAAUACACAACAUGUUGUCAGAGAUUUUGUAAUUGAGGCUCUUCGUAAACAAUUUGAAGUCAAGAAAAUUCGUGUGUAUGCAAAUAAUGAAGUAAGUUUUUACACAUUUAUAUCAUUUAUACUUUUUAUUUAUUUUAUUAACUUGCGACAAUGAUCUGAUGUUUUAGUCAUGGGAAUUACCAACACCAUGUGAGUUAAUUCUCGAAGAGUGACUUUUGCGAUGGGCAUUUUGGAUAAUGAAAAUUUAUGGAAUUCUUAAUUUUUUUCUUUCUUUCUGGUAUUAUUUUCUCUCCCGGCUAAGUAUACGGUUAAAGUUUACUUUUAAUUUAAGAACAAAAAAAAAUAAAAAAAAGUGUAACAUUAAAAUAUUUAAGUCGUAUAAACUCUAGAUCAAAAUUUUGAAUGUGCUGACGAAGCUCAAUAUGUACGGCUGACUACAGAACUUGACAAUGAUCAAGAGCAAUUCUUCUGCUUUUUACCUGGCCCAGGAAAAUUUUUCAACAAAACCUUGAAUAAGGUUGAGGAAUGUCACAUAGGGUACUAUAAGGAAACUCACGGAAGCGAGCUUUGCUCGGAAUGCGGUGAAAACCGGACUACAUUAAUUCGUGGAGCACGUAAUGAAACCGAUUGUUUUUGUAAGUAGCUUAACAAAAAAAGUAUAAAAUUUUAAUUUACAAGGGGCAUCCUUGAUAUGGAACGUUUAGAAUUUAGAUGUCGUUUCUUAGUAGUAUGAAUUGCCCAUGUAAAAAUACCAGCUUGUUUUGUGUUUUGAAAAUACAUAUUUCCUCAUUAAAGGGUUUCUAUUGUAAUUUCAAAGAAAAUUAUAAAAAGUUCAGAAAGCCUAAAGUUAGUUGCUUGAAACACUAUGCCAUUUUGGUGAAAAUUUUAAAAAUUAUUUUUUAUCAUUAUUUUUGCAGGAUGGUGUAAACCGCGCUUGACUAUUUUGCUUAAGUUCUUACGCUUACACGAUUUUUCUAUAAAAAAAAGUUUGAAGAUGAAAUCUGAGUGUUCCACGUCUUAGAUACACUUUUUCAGAAAUAUUGAGGAUUUAAAUAUUUAAAGUAAUUAAUAUGAAAAUUUCAUAUAAAGCUUUAAUUUUACAGAUAUUAAUUGCAACAAAGGUCAGUAUGGCGAUAGUGAGGGAUGUCAUCCGUGUAAGCGUGGAGAGUAUAACAAUGUAGGCGGUCGUGACAAAUGUAAUCAUUGUGUUCCCGGUUGGUAUACUACCUUGCAAGAAGGUAGCACAAAAGAAGAUGAUUGUAUUUGGCCGUGCGAAAGAUGGGAAAAUUAUGACUUGAUUACUGGUUGUGCACCUUGUGUUAACGGCACAUUCAUGGACUUCUCUGUUAGUCCUGGCUGUAAGCCUUGCAAUAAGGGAUUUACGUCCGAAUUCAACAGCACGAGUAAAGAAGAUUGUAAAUAUGUGUUUUGUCCGCUUGGAUUUACAAUUAAGAACGAACGCAAUAACAGUCUUACGGAUGAUCAAACAUUGAGUGAGACAACAUUUAUUAAUUUUUGUACGCCAUGUGCAGUAGGAAAGUACAAACACUGGCAUGGAAAUCAGAAUUGUGCGUCGUGUCCUGCUAAUUCCACAACAGUAGCUGAAGGAAGUAAAUAUAAAAAUGACUGCUCUGUAAUUCGAUGCCCUGAUGGUAACGGAAAAGUAUGUUCAGCAGGGUAUACAUGUCACAAUUACAUGUGUACCAAGGUACCUAACUUUCAACCUGAAGAAAAUUGGUUUGGCUACGUUUUGGCUUCUUUGUCUUUAGGAAUGUUGUUUAUUUUAUGUAUAUUCUGCGUUAUCUAUCGAGGAUUUGUGUAAGUUGUUAUCUUCAGUUAAAAUAUGUCGCUUAUUUAUAUUUUAAAACAGAAGCUAGCGUCUUUUCAUUUUUGUUUCAAGAUUUAUAACUGUAUGAUUCUUCAAUAUGCUUUUUUUGUUUUAAAAAUGUAUAUUUUAGAGUGAUGUAUAUAGACAGUUCCUGUCCAUGGAUAUUAUUUUGUUGGAAGCCAAAACAAGGUCAAAGAAGAUUUAGUGUGAAUCCAGCGAGGGACACGUCAAAUUUGCCUAUGAGUCCCAGUAGCGAUGACGGUCCGACUAACAUUUUGGAAACGGACAUUGAUGAUGACAGAAGGCCUCGGUUUGACACUGGGUCUACAGACGCCAGUUGCGUUAGACAGAGAAAACUCGGUGCACAGGUUGGUUGCUUACAAUUUUUUUACUUAUGUUUGUAAAAAAUUGGUUGAUUUUUUUAGUAUUGUGUAAUAUUUAUUGCCUCUUAGUCCUCAAACAUUCUCGACGAACUAAGGUCAAACCUGAUGCAUGUGAUGGCUUCUCCAACGUCCGCCAUAUCUUCAGAUUCGAGUGGUAAACGAACACCACCACCAAUUCUUACUGGAAGUCCAUCUCGUCGUGACUUGGAAGCUGCCAAAGCAGCAGCUCGAGUAGCACGGUCAGAAACCUAUCAAAUGGCGACGUUUGACAACAAUCCUCGUAUACAAUUUCAGAGUAACUUUAUUCGUCAUCACCGUACGUAUGGCCCAUUGGCAGUUGAUGCUCGGACCAAUCAUACCAUACCCAGGGUAACUAUUGUAUCUACAGAAACAACUUCAGAAACCAAUGAAGAUGAUGACGAAGGGUUUUUUAAAUAA